AACGCCGCGCUUUGCUCGCCGUGCCCGCUCCGCUCCCGCUCCCCUCUCGCCCAGCCCGGGGCCGCUCCCUCUCCAGCCGCCGCCGCGAAGACCCUGAGGCCGUCGGCGCCCACCAUGCGGCCUCAGCUCUGGCUGCUGCAGCUGCUGCUGCUCCGUGGGGUCGCGCGCGCGCUCAGUCCCGCAACACCCGCAGGUCGUGAUGAAGGCCAAGGCCCCGGAUGGACUGCCGAGGGAACCAGGCAAGGCUGGCAUCGGAGAGCCCGAGAGAGUCCUGAGCAGGUGCUGAAGCCGGGCAGGACCCAGCUAAGCCAGGACCUGGGAGGGGCCUCCCUGGCCAUUGACACACUCCCAGACAACAGGACCAGGGUGGUGGCCGUCUGGUUUUGUCUUGGGAAAAUCCUUGAGCCCUCAAGCCCAUGUUUUCAUUGUGCUGUGGAUGCUGUUGGCUCAGUGUGGCUGCAAAGAGGAUCCACAGUCAGGUCCAGGAAGGCUGUCCCUGACAGGGCUGAAGAGGAUGUGCACUGGCUGGAAGACAACCACAACUACUAUGUGUCCCGUGUCUAUGGUCCUGGUGAGCGUCGCAGCCAGGAUCUGUGGGUGGACAUAGCCGUAGCCAACCGGAGCCACGUGAAGGUCCACAGGAUCCUCUCAAGCUCUCACCGGCAGGCUUCGAGAGUGGUCUUGUCCUUUGAUUUCCCUUUCUACGGGCAUCCUCUGCGGCAGAUCACCAUAGCAACUGGAGGCUUUAUCUUCAUGGGCGACGUGCUCCACCGGAUGCUCACAGCUACUCAGUAUGUGGCGCCCCUGAUGGCCAACUUCAACCCUGGCUACUCUGACAACUCCACAGUUGCUUACUUUGACAAUGGGACAGUCUUUGUGGUUCAGUGGGACCAUGUUUACCUCCAAGGCCGAGAGGACAGGGGCAGCUUCACAUUCCAGGCAGCCCUUCAUCAAGAUGGCCGCAUUGUCUUCGGCUACAAAGAGAUCCCUAUGGCUGUCCUGGAAAUCAGCUCUGCCCAGCACCCUGUCAAGGCAGGCCUGUCAGAUGCCUUCAUGAUUCUCAAUUCAUCCCCAGAGGUGCCAGAGUCUCGGAGACGGACCAUUUUCGAAUACCAUCGUGUGGAACUGGACUCCGGCAAGAUCACCAACACAUCGGCUGUGGAGUUCACCCCAUUGCCAACCUGCCUCCAGCAUCGGAGCUGCGACACCUGCAUGUCCUCGAACCUGACCUUCAACUGCAGCUGGUGCCAUGUCCUGCAGAGAUGCUCCAGUGGCUUUGACCGCUACCGCCAGGAGUGGUUGGCCUACGGCUGUGCCCAGGAGGCAGAGGGCAGGACAUGUGAGGACUUCCAGGAUGAGGGCCACUACUCAGCCUCCCCCGACAGCUCCUUCGGCCCCUUUGAUGGUGACCGCACCACCUCUUCCUCCCUCUUCAUCGACAGUCUCACCACCGAAGAUGACACCAAACUGAAUCCCUACGCAGGAGGCGAUGGACUUCAGGAUAACUUGUCCCCAAAGACCAAGGGUCCUCCUGUGCACCUGGGCACCAUCGUGGGCAUUGUGCUGGCUGUGCUCCUGGUAGCGGCCAUCAUCCUGGCUGGGAUUUACAUCAGCGGCCACCCCAACUCCAAUGCUGCGCUCUUCUUCAUCGAGCGAAGACCUCACCAUUGGCCGGCCAUGAAGUUCCGAAACCACCCCAACCACUCCACCUACACAGAGGUCGAGCCCUCAGGCCACGAGAAGGAGGGCUUCAUGGAGGCCGAGCAGUGCUGAGAGCAUCAGGCCAAAGACCUGGGGAUGGCAAGAGAUGGAGUCACAGCAAAGAGGAGUGCCUUUCCUGGCUUCCUCUGAGCUGACCGUGAGCCAGGAAGACAAGACAACAGCUUAUGGUGACAAAACCAUAGUUUGGUCCUCACACCCCAGAUAAAAGGGGUACAGUAACACAACCAUGAGGGUUUCUUAAAGGAACACUAACCGCAGAGUUCUCUGUUCCGAUGGGAGGGGCCCUUUUUUGGGGGUCUCUCAAUGGUUUGCACUGUAGCUAUCACAGAGCCCCUCCCCACUGGAGACGCCUGGUCACUGAAGCCCCUGCCGGGGCUCCUGCAUUCUAGGGUCCAGAGACUCAAGGGCUGGUCUUCCUAGCUAUGGAGUCAGUGCACUUGGCUCCAAACUCUGUGGCUCUGGAAGCCUGAAGAAGGGGUCCCCUCCAUCCGAGAGCUCUUAUCCCUUGAGACAAACCAACUGAGAGGAGAGAAAAGGAACCUUGGGGAACUUCUGUCUUCUGGCCUUGGACCUUUGCUUCAUCCUUUCUGCAGAGACCCAGGGCCGACAUUGGAGCACUGCAGCCUGCAGCCCAGGCUGCACCCUGCGCUGCCCCUCAGCCUCCCCCUUGCAAGCCGGUCUUGCAGGGCUGCCAGCAAUGAGUGGGCGCUUGCUGCACCAUGUGUCUGGUGCCCGCUUUACCCUCUGGCCUCUUCUGCUGUCAAGGCCGGGAGUUUCCUAAAGAGAGAAAACAACUUACCUGGCUCCUAUUUUUCCUUGACUGACCUGGGUGGGGUCUUUUUGUAACCAUUAACAACAAACAGGUGGCCAGAGGUUUCUCUGAGACCCCCCCUGCCUCAGCAGGGAGCCCCGGUUAUAUCCUGAGUGCCAUGAAGGUAGGGCAGAGAAACCAGGCAUGAGAGGGAGGGACCUUGACCUGGAAAUCGGCCUCUCCAGCUCUGCAAAGAGCUUUGGGGACAGGGAGUUGUUGCUCCCCUACUUAGCCUGGUUUUAAGGGACUUCUGUCCCUGUGAUGGGCAGGACUGCUUCUGAAGGACGAUGAAAAUCUAGAGCUUACCCUCCCUCCAAAUAAAUACCAUCAGCAAAUAAAUAUGUCACGGCCUCCACUCUGCCAUGCCUUUGGGCAUGUAAGGAAGCACCAGGGAAGAAGUUUGAGCUCCAGGUGGGUCAAUGGGAGGAGGGAAGGUCGUCUGCAGAUACCUGAACACAUCUGGUCCAGAAAAUUUGAGCUACUCCACAAUUGACCCGUGAAAGGACAUCAGUGACAAGCAGAACCAGAAAUAUGCUGCUGUCUGCUCUGCUCCAUAAACCCCAAGAGAAAAGGCUGUGGGGACAGGGGUUGAGGACGGGACUUGAGAAAGUGACAUCGAAGCAGAGUAGAGCACCUUGCAGACUUCAGGAGACAGCCGAGUCUGCGACCUGGGCACCAGCCCUGUGGCGAUCUUUGCCAGUGACCAUCAGCAAAACACCAAGGACCAUUGGGUCCAAGAUGGUGUUAUACUUAGGUUUCUGUUGCUGUGAUGAAACACCGUAACCAAAAGCAAUUUGGAAAGGCUCACCGUCAGGGCAGGAACCUGGAGUCAGGAGCUAAUGCAGAGAUCACAGGGAGUGCUGCUUAGAGGCUUGCUCCCAUGGCUUUCUCAAUCUACCUUCUUUUUUUGGUUUUUUCGAGACAGGGUUUCUCUGUGUAACUGUCCUGGCUGUCCUGAAACUUACUAUGUAGACCAGCCUGGCCUCAAACUCACAGAUCCACCUGCCUCUUCCUCCUGCUGGGAUUAAAGGCGUGCUCCACUACCACCCAGGCAGCCUACUUUCUUAUACCACCCCUGGACCAGUGGUCCAGAGGUGGCACCGUGUACCAUGAGCUGGGCCCUCCCACAUCAAUCAUUAAUCAAGAAACUGCCCUGUAGACCUGCCUGCACAAUCUGAUAGAGGCAUUUUCUCAGUUGAGGUUCCUCUUCCCAAUUACUCUAGCUUGUGUCAAGUUGACAAAAAACUAACCAUGACAGUUGGCUAGUGGGGACACUCAGGAUGUCAGCUUACCCAGGGGACAAUGCCUCUGCCCCCACCCAAACUCCCUCACACUUCUUCCACUUGCAACCCGGGUAACCAUGCUGGGUUCCUGAAAUGGACAAAUGGGGAGGGAGGCAGGGACAUCUUGCUACUACCCACUGCAGAUGGGGAAACAAAGUCAGGAUGUGGUAGCCUGGACUGAGCCAGCCUGGCUGACCCCUGGGGUGUCACUUUUGGAGGGAUAUAGAGACACUGGAAAACAGGCAGACCAGUUUGUUUACAUCAAAAAGCUGAAGAGCCUUGGAUUCCUCAGAACAGGGCACUGAAACUCGGGCUCCCAAGAACAGCCAAGCACCCCACAGUUACCACAGACAUGGUCCUUGAUGGCAUAAGCUUCUUCCCUGUCCAGAGAAGCAUUUCUACUUCCGGGAAAUUUGACCCCCAAGUUUGAGCAAGCUGGUGAGCUGGAUAGGGACCGUGAGUAAACACAGGAGACACAGGUCUUAGGGCCUCUCCUCCACAUCUGGCUGAGUCUGGCAAGGCAAGGCAGCGCCUCCUGUACCAUGCACCAUCAACCAGGCUUUCCACCCCCAUGGCGCAUUCAGGUAGCUGCCAGUGCCUUCUCCACAUGGAGGCUGUGAGUAUCCUAGGGAAAGUGGGUGGGGGCUCUGUAAAAGUUCAUCACACAGUAGGAAGCUUCAGUCUGUGAACCUGGACUGGGAGGUUUCCCUGUUGUUCAAAGAGCCCGGCGGGUCCUGGGAUGGCUGUGUUUUGUAUCCUUAAACCAGUCAAAGAGCCAGGAAGAUGGCUCCGUGGGUAAAGAUGUUUGCUGCCAAACCUGAAGACCUGAGCUGAGUCCCUAGGACCUACAGGGUGGGAGGAGAGAACUGACUCCUACAAGCUGUCCUCUGACUUACACACACACACACAUGAACACGUGAGCGCACACACACACAUGAACACGUGAGCGCACACACAUACAAACAAUAAAUAUAAUUUUAAAAGAAAAUGGGAAAAGGAGGAGAAUGCCAGGGCUGGGUGCAAGAGGCCAUUGCCGCCUCCUUCAUUCAGCCACUCCUAGAUUUGUAGGCUUGUCUCCUUGUCUGAUUCUAGAACACAAGUCAUAUGAGCCUACUGUGAACCCCAGCACCCAGGAGACCCCCCACUCAGUACCACAGACAAGCUUUCCAAGUUUAGCUGGAAAU